UAGUGAUGUUGUGGUUGUCCAUGCCGCCGCCACCUCUCCGAGUGUUACCCCGCACAACAGAGCCUCUGUGAGAGCUCCCCACGCAUGGAGUUGACCUCGGACCGUGUGGUGGCAACUCUGGAGAUGUCGCAAGUCCAAAGCUCAGACGACGGGGGGCCUCUUGACAGCGAUGUUGACUACGAGUGUCUGCCACCUCAUGUUUCAGUGGGGACCCACAUGACAGCGGGAGCCGUGGCUGGGAUCCUGGAGCACACCGUGAUGUAUCCCGUGGACUCUGUCAAGACCAGGAUGCAGAGCCUGCAGCCAGACCCAAAUGCACAGUACAGAAGUGUGUAUGGGGCUCUGAAAAGGAUCAUCAAGACUGAGGGGAUCUUCAGACCACUGAGGGGCCUCAACAUCACCAUGAUGGGAGCAGGACCUGCGCAUGCGCUCUACUUUGCCUGCUAUGAGCGAGUCAAACGCUCUCUGAGUGAUGUCAUUCAGAGCGGAGGCAACAGUCAUGUAGCCAAUGGUAUUGCAGGUAGUGUGGCUACUGUGCUCCAUGAUGCAGUCAUGAACCCAGCUGAAGUGGUUAAGCAGAGGAUGCAAAUGUACAACUCACCAUAUCGAGGACUCUUGGACUGUGUCCAAACGAUAACACGGACUGAAGGCGUCGGAGCUUUCUUCCGCAGCUACAGCACACAGCUGACCAUGAACAUCCCCUUCCAGGCCGUUCACUUCAUCACCUACGAGCUGAUGCAGGAACAGCUAAACCCCGACAGGCAUUACCACCCUGGCAGCCACAUAGUGUCGGGAGCGGCAGCGGGAGCCGUGUCCGCAGCAAUAACCACCCCGCUCGAUGUUUGUAAAACACUGCUCAACACGCAAGAGAAUGUAGCGCUCAACUCCAUGAACAUCAGCGGCCACUUAUCAGGAAUGGCUAAUGCCUUCAGGACAGUGCACCGGCUCGGUGGUAUGGCGGCUUUCUUCAAAGGAGUCCAAGCGAGGGUUAUAUACCAGAUGCCCUCCACUGCUAUUGCCUGGUCAGUGUACGAGUUCUUCAAGUACUUCCUGUCGAAAAAACAGUAGGUGAACAAGAUACGCAACUGCAAUGGAAAAUUUGUUGGAGCAGCCUCACUCCUGGACUGAAGAAAGGAAGCUCCAAGUUGAAGGUGUUUGAGCUCAGGCGACAUCCAUACGACUAUGUUUUUGUCUAAAAAUGCAUACAUUCUUCUCAGCAUGCUGCCGCGGUGUUUUAGAGCCCCAAAACUGAAAAGUAUAUGUGUAUAUAUAUA